CCUCCAGCCCACACAACAACACGCACCGUUGCACGUCAAUUCCCCCCCUCAGGGUGCCUCUCCUCCCGUUCCCUUUCUCCUCCUCCUCACGUUCUUCCCUAUUUUUCUUCCUUGGCUCUCUCCCCCCCUAUAGCCCAACGGCUCAGGUCCUCCCCGCCCUCAGACAGUCAUCGUUCCCGUCGUUUGUCUCUGUCUCUGCUCCGCGUCCUUGUCGACCGCCGCACGUGUGUGUUUGCAUCCCGAUUCCGGAUCCCGUCAGCCAUCGACCACCCAUUCACACGUCAUCUGUCGACCUAUUCCAAGCCGACCCGACGCCAGCGCUGCCGUAUAUUCCACAGUAUUGCACUCGACAUUGUCAGGACAUCAGACCAAGAAGCAGUACUUCUUGUUUCGCUCGAUCGCCAGUCAAGACCAAGUAGAUCAACAAAGCCUCCUUUGCUGCCAACAAAAACAGGACAUCGCCGGAAUAGCCUACUCCAGGAUACUCACCCCACGUUUCCUGUUCCACUCCACCAUCGAGCCACUUCCUCUGCCUUUGUGCGUCCUGCCUCGACGACCCCGACUCGACCUCGACGACGACCUCUCAUCUCUGAACCCAUUGAAGAAGAACCAUCAAUUCCAUCCCUAAGAACGUCAUUCCUUCCGAACGGCAGAUUUGCUCUCAGCACGAUAUCACACUGUGACUUUGACUAGUCAUGGCGUCCUCGCAGUUGCAGUUUGCCUACCGAACCCAGAAGGGCAUCGGCCUGUUUGAUGCUGCCCCGACCUAUCAGCCUCUCGCUGGGUUCACCAAGCCCGAAGGGAACCUCCGGUGUUGUACAUACUCGCCCUGUGGCCGCUACUUUGCCUGGGCGAGCCCCGAAGUCGUUACGGUUGUCGACGCCUCCAACGGCCAGCAGGUUCUUGCCCUCCCCAUCCUCAAUGUCUACGAGCUCGGCUUUUCUCCCCUCGGUACCUUUCUCGUGACUUGGGAGCGCCCUGCCAAGGACGAGAACGGUGAUGCGACCAAGAACUUGAAGGUCUGGCGCACUGUCGAGGACGGUGUGGCCGGCGCCGACAAGGUGCCCCUGGGCAAGUACGUUCAGAAGUCUCAGGGAGGCUGGAACCUUCAGUACACAGCCGACGAGAAGUUUUGUGCCCGCCAGGUCACCAACGAAGUCCAGUUCUACGAGAGUCACGACCUGGGCACCGUGUGGAACAAGUUGAGGGUUGAGGGUGUCGCCGACUUCGCCCUGGCACCCGGCCGCUCCCACUCUGUUGCCGUCUUCAUCCCCGAGCGCAAGGGACAACCUGCCGCCGUCAAGGUCUACAACGUGCCUCAGUUCACCUCGCCCAUCUCUCAAAAGACCUUCUUCAAGGGCGACAAGGUCCAGCUCAAGUGGAACAACCUGGGCACCAGCAUCCUUGUGCUGGCCCAGACCGACGUCGACAAGUCCAACAAGAGUUACUACGGCGAGACUACGCUCUACCUGCUGAGCGUCAACGGCUCCUUCGACGCCCGCGUCAGUCUCGACAAGGAGGGCCCCAUCCACGACGUCACCUGGUCCCCGAACUCCAAGGAGUUCGGUGUUGUUUACGGAUACAUGCCCGCCAAGACUACCAUCUUCAACCACCGAGCCGUCGCUACCCACUCGUUCCCCCUGGGCCCUCGCAACACCAUCAUCUUUUCGCCCACGGGACGCUUCGCCCUCGUUGCUGGUUUCGGUAAUCUGGCUGGCCAGAUCGACGUCUAUGACCUCGAGAAGGAUUUCCGCAAGUUGCACACCAUUGAGAGUGGGAACCCCAGCGUCUGCACGUGGAGCCCCGACAGCCGUUACAUCAUCACGGCCACCACUUCUCCUCGCCUUCGCGUCGACAAUGGCGUCAAGAUCUGGCACGCCAGCGGUCCCCUCAUGUACAAUGAGGACAUGGUUGAGCUGUACCACGUUGUUUGGAGGCCUCAAGCCGUCGACAAGGUUGCGGGCGGAGAUCCGUUGAACCCGGUCCCCACCCCGCACGCCUCUGCGGCCACGUACCUCGGCACUGUCAAGACCCCUAGCAAGCCUGCGGGAGCUUACCGCCCCCCUGGUGCCCGUGGUCUUGCCACCCCGCUUCAUUUUAAGCGUGAAGAUGAGGGUGGUGCAGCCCACGUCAGCAUGAACAACGGUUCUGCGGCCAUCGGACCUAAUGGGUUCGGCCGCCCUCGGCGUGGUGUGCCUGGCGCCGAGUUUGCAGGUGCCUCCAGCGGCGCUUCCAAGAUCCCCGGAGCCGACACCGCCGAUGGCGAUGAGAAUUUGUCAAAGGCGGCGUUGAAGAACAAGAAAAAGCGCAACAACAAGAAGAGAGAGGGCGAGGCGAACCCCGAAGGCCAGAACGGCGGCGGUGCUUCGCUCGCCCCGCCUCCUCGCGACUUCGGCUCGGGAGCGGGCCACGAGGGCCGCAGCCCCGAGCGCCGUGGCGGUGCCGGAGGUAAUCACAGACAUCGCAGCCACUCUCGUAACCCGGGUGCCGGUCAGUCCCGUAACAGGAGCAACACGCACCGGGGUCAGAAUGGCGCGCCUCAGGUGCCGAACGCGCAAGCCCAGCAGGCCGUGCCGGCGGCCGGCGCUGAUGCCGACGCCUCGCAAAACCCGAAUUCCAAGAAGAUUCGCAGCCUGCAGAAGAAGGUGCGGGCCAUUGAGGAUCUCGAGAUGAGACUGGCCGGUGGCGAGAAGCUCGAGGACACCCAGAUGAAGAAGAUUGGCACCAAGUCCUCCGUGCUCAAGGAGCUGGAGGCUCUCGAGAGGGAGCUGUAGUGCUUGCCGGCCCCUAAUUCUGGUGAUAGAAGAGGACCAUGUUGAAAAUGGGCCCAUGAAAGGAACAGCGAGAUCUCGAAAGGGGCAAUACUUGCCGGGCUUACAGCCUGCAAGUAUGAUGCUCGAAAUGCCUCACAGUUGGACGAGUUGUGUCUGGAUUACAAUUGUAGAGAAGAUCAGGAAAAGACGGAAAAUGAAAACUGCAAGACGCAUUGCGUCUAUCAUCAUCGAAACCAUUGCGCUCAGUGGGUGAUGUUAUGUUGAUGCUGUGUGUUUGUUUGUAGGUGCCUU